CACACACACACAAAAGAAGAAGAAAUAUAAAAAAAUUGAAUUGAAUUGAAUUGACACACAUUGAAAAAUAACUCAUGGUUGAAUUGAAACGAUACUCUUCUUCAUCAACAGAUACUGCUAGUGUUAGUGAUUCACCAGAAUCUAAUACACCAGUGAAUAAAUCACCUAAUAAUUCUAAGCUCACCGUCCCUACAACAAAUCAUCGUCCACGUUAUUAUUCUUUCAAUCAGUCGCAUCACAAUACUGAACAAAAUAUCAAUAAUAUUAAUGAUAAUAAAACUGAAUUCACAACCUAUCCAAUCAAAUCUCAUCGAUCACCUACAACCACCAAUAAUAAUAAUAAUAAUAUUAAUGAUCAUGUUGUCAAAGCUUCAGAAAAUCACAAUACUCAACAAUCACAUUUAAUUAACGGUUAUCACGAAUUAUCAACACAAGACAAUGAUGCGCAUCAACAUCAUACUAGGUUGAAUGAAAAGCCUAAACUCACUGAAUACACUGUAGGAACAAUUACACAAAUUUAUCCAGAUGGUUGUGAAACAAAAUUGACUGAUUCUUCGCCAACAAAACAUGAAGCAAAACAAAGUAGUAUAAUAACAAUUUUUACAAUAUGGAAUACAAUAAUGGGUACAUCGAUUUUGGUCAUGCCAUGGGCUAUUCAACAAGCUGGAUUUGCUUUAGGCAUAUUUUUAAUUAUAUUUGUCGCAUUCAUUGCAUGGUAUUGUGGUUAUCUUGUAUUGAAAGCAACGGAUGAUUUAAAAAUUAUACAAAACAUACGUUCAUCUGUUGUUGAUUUGGAAUUCACUGAUGUAUGCCUGUAUCAUUUAGGAAAACCUGGUUAUAUCUUAGCAAUUGCAUUUUCUAUGUUAGCACUAUUCGGUGCAAUUAUAGUCUAUUAUGUAUUAAUGUGUAAUUUUUUAUAUUACACUGGUGAAUUUAUUUAUCAUAAAAUAACUGAUGCAAAUAGUUCCCGCAUAGAUCAAACAUUCAUUUUGUGGAAUAAAACAAUUACAGGUGCUACAUGUUCUAACCUACCGCUGAUUCCGCUUGAAGAUCAUGAAAAUAUUAUUAUACCUCAUGUGACACAAAUGCAUGAAGUAUUAUUGUCAGACAAUACAUCAAAUAUCACCAGUUCCAUGUCGACGUAUCAUCGUUUAUGGUCAAAAACUCGUACUGUACCAGCAUGGCUAUUAAUCAUCAUCAUUCCAUUGAUUUCAAUUAAAUCACCGACAUUUUUAAGUAAAUUCAAUGCUUUAGGUACUAUUUGUGUAUUCUAUCUUGUUAUAUUGGUAUGUAUAAAAGCUGGUCAAUGGGGAAUCAAUAUGGAUUUUUCAUCGAAACAUCCUUAUCGAAUUGUUCCACAGGCUCAAGCUACAUUCAUCAGUUUAACUGGUAUAUGUUCAUUGGCGUUUUUCUGUCACAACACUCUGCAUACAUUAACACGUACACAAAAACGACCAGAAAAUAAUAUACGUGAUAUUGCAAUUGCAUUUUUCCUAGUAGCACUUACUUAUUUAUCAAUCGGUUUAAUAUUCUAUAGUACAUUUCCAUUAGCAAAAUCUUGUAUUGAAGAUAAUCUGUUGAAUAAUCUCAUAACUGAUAUCCCAGUGUUUAUUGGUCGUUUCUUCUCCUUGUUACAAAUGUUCACUGUAUUCCCAAUGAUACUUUAUGUACUACGUGUACAAAUUAUGACUGUUUUAUUUAAAAAAGCCUAUCCAGGAUUUAUUCAUGUCACUAUAUUGCAUGUAUUCAUUCUUGGCCUAUCAUUGACAUUUUCAAUGUUGAUGCCAAAAAUUGGCACAAUUAUUCGAUUCAGUGGUUCAUUAUGUGGUCUAGUUUAUAUGUUCACAUUACCACCAUUAAUUUAUCUACUGAAUAAACGUUCACUGAAUCGUUUACACAAUGAAGAACAAACUAAAAUACCAGAAAAACUAUUAUUACCAAAUCAUCAUCAUUUGAAUGGAAUGAAUAAUAACAUUUUGAAUAAACCAACACUCACUACUACAACACCAAAAACAACCACAACCACAACCUCAACUGAUGAUCACUUACCAUUUAAUGAAUUUCAAAUUGAUAAUCGUAGUGAUGAUACAUUAUCCAUGGUAAAAAUUAAAUUUCUCUCAGAACAUGAAACAAUAAAAUGGUGGUGUAUUGUUUGUGUACAUGUAUUGAUUAUGCUAUUAGGAUUAUUAAAUUUCAUUGGACAAUUUUCGGUGUUUUUUAUGAAAUCUACCAAAUGAAAACUAAUUGACAGCCACUGUUACGCAACACACAAUCACUACAUCCUAGUGUAAUUGUUUUUAUUCAAUGAAAAUACAUCAUUGAAGUCAGUCAAUUAUGCUUGCAAAUUUUGUAGCAUUCUCACUCAUGUAUUAUUGUUCAAUGUACAAUGGACGUAUCAAUCAAUAUUCAAUUCAGUAGUUACGACUUAUCAUUCAUUGUCAAUGAUCAAGUUUUCUGUUUUUUUUUCUAAUUUUAGCUUUAAACUUGUAGAAAAAACAAAGGAGCAUACAUGUUUAGUAGAUUAGGGUGUUGUUGUUCCAUUUGCGCAUUAGUUAGUCAUUUUUUUUAUUAUUGAUUUUUUUCGCAGUACUUGUUUUCUUUUUCGAACAAUGUGAUCAAUGAUGAUUGUAAUUUUAUGAAAUGGAUGUUUUUUUUUAAAUUUCUUGUGUAUUUCGUUCGACUAAUACUUUGUGCUCCUUUUGUUUUUAUUCAGUAAUUUUUACUGAUAAAUUUUUUAAUCCCUAAUUUAGAAUGGUUUUGGUAUGAAUUCAGGAUUUCUCUUUUUUUUAGAAAAAUAAUAUAUAAACUUUGUUUGAA